AUGGCCGACGACGAGCAAUGGAACGGCAUGGAGAGCACCAUGGAGGACCCGGAGGAGACCAAGGUCAUCUUUUGUGCCCUGGACUCGUUUCUCCAAUAUGCCAAGGUGGCUCACUUCAACGUCACUCACCUGAGGAGGCAGUCGUUCUACGCGCUGCCCCAGGCCCACUGGCAAAUGCUGGCGGCCCCUCCCUUCAACUUCUUGGACACGCUGGAGCGCACGGAUGAGGCCAUCGACACCAACGCGGAGCUCGCGAGGGCGAUUGCGCAAAACGGGCUGCGGUCCUGCGGUGGUGUAGACCCUGGCAGCGGCGAGCCCAGGAUGCCCGACGAGUGGGUGGGCGUGGCCAAGCACAACGACACCGACAAGGCCCGGAGCACCCUCCGCCAGUUCUUCCGCGACUGGUCGGCCGACGGUGCGGAGGAGCGCCGCGCGUGCUACGGCCCCGUGCUGGACGCCGUCGCCCACGAGCGCCAAGACGCCGCCGCCGCCCCGCUGAAGGUGCUCGUCCCGGGCGCAGGCCUGGGCCGUCUCGUGUUCGAGCUGUGCCGCGCGGGCCACGACGCGGAGGGCAACGAGAUCUCCUACCACCAGCUGCUCGCCUCCUCGUACAUUCUCAACUGCACGACCGGGCCGGGGCAGCACACAGUCUACCCCUGGGUGCACUCCUUCUCGAACCACCGCACGCGGACGAACCACCUGAGGAGCUGCGCGAUCCCCGACAUCCACCCGGCCUCCGCGCUCGCGGCCGCGGGCCCGUCGGUCGGUUCCAUGAGCAUGUGCGCGGCCGACUUUCUCUGCCUGUACGCCGACGCCGAGCACGCGGACGCCUACGACGCGGUGGCGACCGUCUUCUUCCUCGACACCGCGCCGAAUCUGAUACGCUACCUCGAGACCAUCCACCACUGCCUGCGGCCUGGGGGCGUGCUCAUCAACUUUGGGCCCCUGCUGUGGCACUUUGAGAACAACGCUCCCGGGAACCACGGCAAAGACACGGACGGCGACGGGGAGCACGACUACAACAACUCGUCGGGCAUUGCCGACCCCGGCAGCUUCGAGCUGAGCGACGACGAGGUCAUGGCGCUGGUGGAAAGGGUCGGGUUCGUCGUCGAGCGCCGCGAGACGGGCAUCGAGGCGCCCUACAUCCACGACCGCGAGAGCAUGUUGUCGACGACGUACCGGGCGAGUUUCUGGGUGGCCCGCAAGCCGCGGUAG